AGUCUCCAGCGCUCGCACACACGCCUCCUACCAAAAUCACAGCCCAGUGGAGCCGGGCUCUCAUUCACAGCUUUCUAGAGAAAUCUGAGCCCGAACCUGCCAGAAUAGGGGAUCUCACCUACUCAGCUCAGCAGCGCGGACACCUGCAGAAACACAUUCCCAAAGCCAGGCUGGGCGGCCGUGUAAAGUGGAAAUGGCCUCGCUUCUGCUUCCCUUUUGGAGCGCUGCCACCACAUAGGACCUGGAUGUCCUGCUGUUUCCCAGGCACAGAACGAAGACGCUUGCUCUGUCUAUUUCGGUGGCAGCCUGGUCGUAAAACAACGGUGGAGCGGGCCAGGGUUCCAGCAGACCGUCACGUGAAUGGGACCAGUUUCUCUCCUUCCCAAGUAUCAGCAAGUAAACCCUUGGAAAGGAGAUUUGGCCAAGAUGACCCACUUACAGGCUGGACUCAGUCCAGAGACUAUAGAGAAAGCUCGGCUGGAACUGAAUGAAAACCCAGAUAUUUUACACCAGGAUAUUCAGCAGGUCAGGGACAUGAUCAUCACCAGGCCUGACAUUGGAUUUUUACGUACAGAUGAUGCCUUCAUCCUGAGAUUUCUCCGAGCCAGGAAGUUUCACCAAGCAGAUGCCUUUAGACUCCUGGCCCAGUACUUCCAGUACCGCCAGCUAAACCUGGACAUGUUCAAAAACUUCAAGGCCGAUGACCCUGGCAUUAAGAGGGCGCUCAUCGACGGGUUCCCUGGAGUGCUGGAAAACCGCGACCACUAUGGCAGGAAGAUUCUCCUGCUGUUCGCAGCCAAUUGGGACCAGAGUAGGAACUCCUUCACGGACAUCCUGCGGGCCAUCCUGCUGUCCCUGGAAGUCCUCAUUGAAGAUCCGGAGCUUCAGAUCAACGGGUUCCUUUUAAUCAUAGACUGGAGCAAUUUCUCCUUCAAACAAGCCUCCAAGCUGACACCUUCCAUUCUCAGACUGGCCAUCGAAGGGCUGCAGGACAGCUUUCCUGCCCGUUUCGGAGGAGUCCAUUUCGUCAACCAGCCCUGGUACAUUCAUGCCCUGUACACGCUCAUCAAGCCAUUCCUCAAAGACAAGACCAGGAAGCGGAUUUUCCUGCACGGGAACAAUUUAAACAGCCUUCACCAGCUCAUACACCCGGAGUUUUUGCCCUCUGAGUUUGGAGGAACCCUUCCUCCUUAUGACAUGGGAACUUGGGCCCGGACAUUACUCGGUCCCGACUAUAGUGAUGAAAAUGACUACACUCACACGUCCUACAAUGCGAUGCACGUGAAACACACGUCCUCCAACCUGGAGAGGGAGUGCUCCCCCAAGCCGAUGAAGAGAUCUCAGUCUGUGGUAGAAGCUGGGACCCUGAAACAUGAGGAGAAGGGAGAGAAUGAGAACACUCAGCCACUCUUGGCUCUGGACUGAACCCCGAGUCGCUCCAUGUUCCCGCAUAUCGCCAGCCGCCGGUGGUAUCAGCCACCUAGGAAGCACAUGCGCAACUGACCCCACAGACAGGUACGGCUUGACACAAGGCUCUCCACUCUUCCCACCCAGUAAUGACUGUCACCAGCCAUUGGUCGAAGCAGCCAAAGUUGAACAAAGACUUGAGAGAUGCUUUUUUUUUUUUCCAAUGAGGGCAUUGGGUAGAGGAUAAAGCAAGGCAGUUACGUAAUCAAGAUUUUCCUCCCCCACGUUUAUGGUAUUAAAUGCAUUACUAAAUUUGAUGCACACACUGCAUUAGAACAAGGAUUUUUCUGAGGCAUCGCCCAGAGACCUUCUCCCGUUUUUGCAAUUUAAGAUUAAGUGCAUUUCCGAGUAGAUACAUCACAAUUGUCAAGUUUAAUGUAGUGCAGAGCCCUGAGACAAUGGUAUCUCCAGUAAUUUCCAUUCUUAUUGAAUUAUUUUCUUUGACCUCAUCACCAGCAUCAAGUUAUUCAGCCUCAGAGCAAGUUCUCUGAGGCCUGGCUAUGUUCAGAGGCUGCUUAUUUUGAUAUCCUGCAAAAACGAUUUUGACAUCACAUCUUUUGUCAGGCUACCAGCUGAUCAUCAUGAGCUGACAUUAAAAGAAGGCACACAAUGUGAAAUAUGAUUAUUUCCUCUUAGCAAUGUGACUUCCACAGGCAAUGUGUGUCUGCAGAUGGGGUCCCAUUGGAAACAUGUCAGUGAUUUAUAAAUCCAUUCACGUUGCCUCACUUGGGUCACUACAGCAAAGAAAAGUGCCGCUAAACAGGCAAGUACUGAAAAUAAGAGAAAACUAGGAAUGCAGGAUGAAAUGCCAAAGAUCAUUGUAUUUCUUUGUCUAUUCUCCUUGGAAAUGGAGCCCCCAACUAUCCAUUCAAAGGAAAUUAGAUAAAAUUAAAGAUAUCAUAGGACAUGAUAUCCUUACCUGUGCCAUUUUUCCCCCAAAACCAGCUGUAUGUUUUCAGAUGACAUGGCCAUCCAUGAGUAUAACCAGUGGGUGCUCAAUGCCAAAUAAAAAUAUUUUAGUUGAUGGGCAGUAAAAUAUGAUUUCACAUUUUAAGAAUUUGGGAGGGUUGUUAGCUAAAAAUUUCAAAGGAAAGAGGUGAUUCAACUGGCCAUAAAUCACCCUCGAUGGCUAUUAUUACUAAUUUUUUUCUACUGGUAGAUAAUAGAAGUAAUUUUUGUAUUCACCCUUGAAAUAAAAUUGAAAUAGAAUUAAUAACAUUUCUCAAUUGCAUUGCAGUAUUAAAACCAAUUUUUUUGUGUAGACAUUUCAAAUAACAAAAUAAUAUGGAAAUAAUUCUACCAAUGCAGUGACUGAAAUACUUUUCUUAUACACCAUGACAUAGGGAAGAAAGAUGAAGAAUUAAAGUGAAUUAGAAAAUCCAUUUUAUUACCUGGGUUUAUAAGGCAGUUGUGGAAUCCAAGUACUUAAAAUGCUAUUGGAGUCAGUUAUUGCCAACCCUCUGCAACAGUAAAAACAAUUCUGGCUUUUCAAUUGGCAAUCUUUAGAAUCCUGUAGUGACCUGAUUUUAAAUACCACGUGAUAAUUGCUAAGAGCUAGUUCUCACUCUAUUCCAUGGCUUCAUUACAUGAAUGUAAGAUGAUGGUUCAAUGAUGACAACUUACACUUUGAAUUUCUUUGUGUAUGCAAUAUACACACAAGAACCAAAUUCUGUAAGUGACAUGAAUGUUACCACAUGAGCACUGGAUUGUAUUGUCCUCUGUCAGUCAUUUCCUCUGUUCAAUAAAUACUGAAGGACACAAA